AUGGCAUUCCUCAAGAACCUCACUCUCUUCACACUUGUCGCCUCUCUGGCCACUGCUCUGCCCCAGUACACUCGGCCUACAACCACGGCCACUGCCACCCUCAUUCCAGUCUCGUCCACUGCCUCGGGUACUCCCACAGUCACUCCCUCCAGCACCACCCCCAGCAGUAGCCCCAGCAGCACCAGCUCCGCCAUCAACAUCAUCAACAACCUCAACCAAACCGUCUACCUCUGGUCCACCUCCGACACCAGCAGCAACAUGCAAACCUUGCCCGCCAGCGGCGGCACCUACACCGAACAAUGGCGCACCAACUCCAACGGCGGCGGCAUCUCCAUCAAGAUGGCGACCACGACCAGCCUGGACAGCGUCCUCCAAUUCGAGUACACCGAAAACGACGGCACCGUGUGGUGGGAUCUAUCAUCGAUCAAUCUCGAGGCUGAUUCGCUCUUUGUCUCGUCCGGCUUCGAAGUAACCACCGAUGAUUCGAGCUGUUCAUCGGCAACUUGCCAGGCCGGGGAUGUGGAGUGUCAAGAUGCGUAUCAGAAGCCGGAUGAUGUGGAUACGCGAAGCUGCUCUUCGUCGGCAGCGUUCAAGAUGGUCUUGGGGUAG